AUGGCUAAAAUAUACAAACCUAAAAAUCAUAGGACUUGCUGCAUUGUUAUAAUUUACCGACUUUUACCUGCUUCAAAUUUAAGAACAUCUUUGGGUAACAAAAUCGGCAGCUAUUUGAGCAAUCUUGAACAUCGUGUUCAGCAAUUAGAAAAUACGAGAAUCAAUAAUCUGAAACCAAUUAGAAAUG